AUGAAGAAAACAAAGCACUAGCGCGCGAUCUAAAGUUGCUUUCACAGUCAGAAUCAAUAUUUGAAAGUCAAGCCGCCCAUGCCCACCCCAAACUUAGAAAAUAUAUACUAGCAUCAGACAAUUGCAAGACAUCAAAGAGAACGGGGAAGCUAAGUGAGAUCCGGUUCAUCUGAAUUUAAGCUCAGCCAUUGGUGUUUAGGGAUAUUGGCCCAAAGGAGAUUUUGGGCCAGAAGAUAAGAGAAACUACGGUUGGCAGUGAGGUUUUCAGCCAGGGCACAGAUAACUAGGACCUUUUCAUCUUCCCUUCUACUUCUGUUUCUGUUUUCUUUUCUUUUCUUUCUUUCGUCAUACCGUGUCUGUCUGUUUGUUCCCGUUCCUAAUAUUCUCUCUCUCUCUCUCUCUCUCUCUCUCUCUCGUAUAUGUGUGUGUAUAUAUAUAUAUAUAUAUAUAUAUAUUUGUGCAUUGCAUCGCAUCGACUUCGUCGAUCACACACACAUAUACAUUUAUAGCAUAUAGAAGAGAGAGCCCAAGACCCAAUUGCCAGCCAACUGCCCCGGAAUUCGGACAAUUGUGGAGCUGUUUCCUUCUCAGUUGCAGCUGGUAAAAAAAAUCUAGAUGAGCUUCUUAUUGUGCAGUUGUUAUUCAUGAUAGCAAUCCCUGUAGGAAAACGAAUGGCUGCCUUUGCAACUGCCGAGGCUUGUGAUUCAAACACAGCACUUUUGGUGAGUGGUGACUUGAGCGCUCUAGAACCAAUCUUCAAGAUAUAUGGCCAGCGUCGUUCAUUCUCAGGACCCAUUGUAACACUAAAGGUGUUUGAGGACAAUGUGCUGGUCAGGCAGCUUCUGGAAACCAGAGGUGAAGGAAGAGUUCUGGUUAUAGAUGGUGGAGGAAGCACUAGAUGUGCUUUGGUUGGAGGAAAUUUGGCACAGUCAGCUCAAAACAUGGGGUGGGCUGGUAUUGUUGUCAAUGGCUGCAUCAGAGAUGUGGAUGAGAUUAAUGCAUGUGAUAUUGGGGUGCGAGCACUUGGAUCUAAUCCCCUGAAGUCAAAUAAAAAGGCUGUUGGGGACAAGCAUGUCCCAAUUUACUUUGCAGGAACUUUGAUUCGUGAUGGGGAGUGGUUGUAUGCUGAUAGUGAUGGCAUUCUUAUCUCAAAAACGGAACUGUCUAUCUAAAGCAGUAGGUACCAAGCGAAUAAGGGGACUGAGUUCUUUGUUACUGGCAUCAUCCUAAAUGUCAGUUGUGAAAUGGAUGGGUUAUUUAGUUGGAUACGAUGAUUUUUCUUGUUCAACUUGUUUUAGCUUUGGGAUACUAUUACAGGCGUAUUGUUGAAUCUGCAAUGCUAAUUGAAAUUCGAAAGUUUGGAAGUCUUUCUUACUCUGCAGUUAAAAAUUACAGAUUCCCCACAUUUGGGACCAAGGUUUAUGCAAAAUAAAUGGAAAGCAGGAUAUAUAUAAUAUGUAGUAAUAUGUAAUAAUAAAAUGCCGUGUAAUUGUGUUUCAUGUUGACUGCAGCAUUGUACAUUCGUUAGUACUUUUCCCUUCUGAAUUUACGAAGAGCUUUCCAAAUUCUUUACUAAUAUAAUCACGUAUUCUUUUUUUAAGG